AUGGCACAUGUUCUAAACAUUCCUCUGAUUCCUCUUAUACCCACUUCCUCAAACAACACCAACAACGUCCACGAAAUUGCGUUCAAGACGGUCCCUUCAGCUACGAAGCUCGAAAUUAAGCAGUUGCUCCAAUCUUUCUACGGCUUGGAGGUUCAAAAGGUGCGAACUUUGAACAUGAAGGGCAAAACGAAGCGUGUUUGGCUUGCAAAAGGUGAAUCCUUGGUUGGAAACAAACCCGAUUAUAAGAAGGCCUACGUCACCCUCAAGAACCCACUUUCCAACUACCCCAUUUUUUAUCCUUCACCUGCCACUAUCGUACAUGACGAAUACAUGAAGAAGAACAAGAAGAUGAUGACCUUGCAGUGA